AAGGGGGCAGGAGCCUAUGUGAUUUCACCAGAUUUCGCUAUGACAGAUUGACCAUUUCCACAGAUUAGAAUUAUCAUCAAUCUGUGUCAGAGAAAGUAAUCAGUAUAUCCCUAUUUUUUAAAUUUUCAGAAUGAAGCAGGUCCAUUCAGCAGCACAUCAGAUUGACUUUAGAGUAACGUGUACUGAUAAUUGCUUUUUGGGACAAUAUUUCUUUCACGGGAGUUGUUCCUGAGUCAUACUGUUUUUCUCUUUAAGAGACUAACAAUCAGCAUGCUUAUAAUAAAAAAUCCUCUUUAAACACUUGUCUAUGCAACAUGUCUAUUCAAGAAAUCUAUAAAUUUUAAAAGCACUCACACAGCACCAUGAUUAAACCAGAAGGAAAUCAAAUAAAUUAUAUCGGCUUCAUGUAAUGGGGGGGGGGGGGGUAAGGAAAAAACUGAAGGAGUUUGCCUCCAUCACCCAGAUCCAGAUGUGGGGUCCCAGCAGUCUGGCCCGGGGAGAUUUACACAUAAUGGGAGCCUGUGAAAUCACUGGUGGAAGUAUCCUGUUACAGGCGACUUCUGAUUGGCUGGUUUUCUUUUUUAAAGCGGUGCUCCGAUUUGCUGCAGCCCAAAACUCAGCAUCGUCAAAGAGCGCUGACAGGAGCUGGCUGGAUUCAGAGGAGCCAGGACCCAGGCGAGAGGCAUCAGCUGGGGCUGCGUAGACCUGUUGACCGAGCUCGGAAACAAUUCCGAACAAGAAAUGCUGUGUCUCGGGGACUCGACGGACUGCCUGAGGGACCAAAUGCAGUCCGUGGUGAGGUCGCUGCAGGACUUGAAGCAGAUCGGCAGGCCCAGGCCACUGAGUGAGCCGUGUGUCCGGUCCUUCGCCGUCACUCGGCUCUGCAAACAGAGGGCCCAGCAGGAGCGCCUCGCCCGGCUCCGGGCGUCCGACGCCAGCGAGGCCAGCACGUACGACUCGGCCUGCUGUCUGGCCAGUCCGCUGGAAGAGGAAGAGGAGGAGGAUGAGGAGCAGGACCGGCUGGCACAGGGCUCCCCCAGCAGUGAGAAAAGCGUGGACUUCGACUCGGGCUACUCCGAGGCCUCCUGGCCGGACGAGGGCGUGGUGCUGAGGAGGAGCAGGAACGUGCGCGUCUCCUCUUCUGCCUGCGCCCGCACAAACAGGGGGCCCUCCGGCCGCGUCCGGCCCAAAUCCACCUCGGACGCCUGCCUGGAGCGCUGGACUUCUUUCGAGAGCGGCGAGGCGGGGGACUGGAGCGCGCUGCUGCUGAGUCGCAGCAGGAACAGGCAGCCCCUGGUGCUGGGGGACAACAGCUUCGCCGACCUGAUAAAGAACUGGAUGGACCUUCCCGACUGCCCCGAGCCGGCGGAACUGAGGCCCAGCGCGGGCCGGCGUCUGGCAAAGGACAUCCUGGGCAACAUGCGGCGGAGGCUGGCGGGGAUGUCCAGAGGCGUGGAGAUGAGAGAAAGGCCCACGGACUCCACGCGGCUCCUGCGGGCCGCAGACGCCCCGCAGAGGAUGUCCUGCCCUGUGGGGCUGGAGUCCCUGAGGCCGUUCUUCCAUCAGUCCCACACAGGCCUGCACCAGCCCGACACGGACUUCCACAAGUUCACCGCCCUCAUGCAGACGGGCAGCCGGCAACCCAUCAUAUGCAACGACAUCAUCGGAUAUAUCUGAGCAGAACUGCGUCUGAUGACUGACCUUUGGAGACUACUUUGGUUAGGACUGUUCUACUCUCAGUGCCGGUUUUGUUUUCAUGUGUAAGUAUUUGUGUAUUUAAUGUAAAUGCUGUCUGUUUCUGACGGAGUUUGGGCAGCGGUGAAUGCUGCAAUAUUAUUAAAAAAUA